AUGGGUUCUUCGUCAUCUACAGAUAAGAUUAGUGAAGAAACAGAAUUCGAACAAGCAGAUCAAGGACUAGUUAGAGUAUAUUCUUGUAACUACUCUCGCAGGAAGUUUUUUAGCUGGCAAGCAUUAGGAGGACAUCAAAACGCACACAAACGUGAGCGUACUGUAGAGAGUAGAGAUCGACUUCAAAGAAUUUCUGCCGCGGCAGCUUCUUUCGGUUGUGCUAAAAUGAGGAACCACCAACACGUACUCUCAACUAGCGUUGCUUCUUUAUCUCUUCAUCAUGCUCAUGCAGGUUGUCUCAGUAAUAAUAGAUUAUUAAAUGUUCAAGCUCAUUCUGCAUUUAACAAUCCCACAUCAUCGUUGCGGUCUAAUUCGUCUCGUUAUAAUCUAUAUGGACAACGUCAUCAAGAGCGGCCAUCAUCAUCAAGAUUACCCGUAAAUGAUCAUCAACCAGCAAUCCUUCAGUUACCCACUUUUGUACAUGGGUCAGCGCAACAGCAUAACAAUGGGUUACUUGGUCGCAGUUUUCAGUUGCAAGGUACUGGUGCUGGUUUGAAGGGUAAUAAUAGUUCAAAUCAAGGAGACGCGACAAACAUUGAUUUGGCUCUUAAGCUCUAA